CUCUGCAAGCCGUGUGCCGGCUGGCCUGGGCAUGAGCAGUAACCGGACAACUUUUUGUAGAGGCUGAGGUAUCAGCAUUCAUUGCAGUCUCAAUGACUGUUUGUUUUACUGAAUUAAUCCACAGCAUCUAAGUAAAGGGGCUUUAGUGGCAUUAUUUACAAAGACUGCAGGUUGCUCUCGAGAUGCCCUUCCCCAAGCAUCCACAGAAUAUACUUGAAAAGUUGGCAGUGGAUACUGCAAAUGUGUUUGUGUCACAGCCUAGCGAGGCAGGCUGGAAUGCUCAGCUUCUCCCAUCAGUUUCUCAGUGCUGAGCUCUGAUGGGAGCUCAGUGCUCCCAUCAGCAUCACUGUGCUGAACAAAUAGACUAUAAUAUUUAGUAGGUGACUGUUGCAGGAAUUCAGAUAUUGAAGGGUUUAUGAAAGAUGCUUUUAAAACACCUGUGAUUUAGUUACAGUUAUUUUAUAAUACAGAGUGUUAUUUUAAUUCUAGUAGAUUUCCUUGCCCACAGGAAAAGAUCUAAUCUGUAGUUUCUGUGGGCUAAGGCAAACAAAAAUACAUGGUACAUUUGUUACAACAUUCUUGUACAAAACUUCAGCCACAGACCACAUAGGGACUUUUAGAAACUGCAGAAAGAGCAUUGCUGGGUGCUUGAACUCUUGAUAUCUAAGAACGUACAUCAUGCAUGAAUGUUUUAUUGUCAAUAAAAUGCCUUUGAGAUUCAGUAAUAGUUUGCUGAAAGGUUUCAGUUUAUCAGAAAAUGGUGACAGCAGACUGUAUGUUACCUUGGGAGCACACAUCCCUCUGUUUACAGAAUGCACACACAUGGAUGCAGAUGCACAUGUACACCUGAAAUGUCGGUAUGCGUAUUUCUGCAUGCAUCUCUUCCAUCCUGGCAUGGAAUCAGUCCUGCUGAUUGCUGCAUUAUGUCUUGAGCUAGGUAAAAAGUGAGGGAUUAAUGGAGAAAUACCAUGGUAUGAUCUCUUCUCAAGCUGUGCCAGAGCACUUUCCAAGUCAGCACUCAUAAUAAGCCUUGCUGGACCAUCUGCCUCCCACAGGCUCCUCUGCAACCCUCACCUCAGGCUCACCAACAACAUUAUUGUCUGGAUUUACACCUAUCUAUGCUAAAAAAUUGGUCUUAAAAAGUUGAAUAUCUGGUGAAAAAGCUUCUGGGACAGGAUUUGCACAAGUUAGUGCUGACUUCUCCAGCCUCAGGCUGCAGUUCUGCUCUGUGACAUUGCCUGUCCCUUCCAAAGCUGAAUUAUCUGUCACAGUAAAAUGCCUCCUGUACUGAAUAAACAGGGUAUUAGAUAUAUAUUAAAUCUGUGUUACUUUCAACUUGAUUUGACCAGCUUAUGGACUACAGAGUUUCUCUCCAUCUUUCUGCUGACUCCACAGAAAUAUUUUUUCUUAUUUAUCACAGUUCAGUGUUAUUUAAUGGUUUUAACACAAUCUCUCCAUCAAAGAUAACUUUGCAAUCUGAUUACAUCUUGUAGGAAGCCCAUGUGUAGCAAGCAAUGGUAAACUCACUGGAAAGUCCUUUCAAGCUGCAAUGCUUGUCACCACAGCAUGUGGAUAAAUUUGGGUGCUUCUACCUAAGUUCCAGGUUGUUGGCAGACCUAACAGGGAGACUUGUGGGGUCAGCACAGACAUAUCCUUUAGAAAGGAAAACUUUUUAAGUUGUAAGAAGAGCUUGAAAUUUCUCAGAAUGAUUUUAUGUAUUGGAAUAAAGGGAACUGCAAAUAAUUGACAGGGUCCCAACAUCAAAAUUGUGGCUUCUUAAGAGUUUUACUUCCUAUGUGUAUUCACAUAAUAUGAUAUUUGUAUUGACUUUCCAAAACACCCGAUAAAAUGGCAUUGUGUAUCCAAGGAAAAGGCUGCAAGACAGAAUCUUUCAGCUGAGGCCUGACUGCAUUUGUCCUCAAAGAAAGCUGACAAAAGAAAGGAGAGACAUGGAUUAGGGAUGGAUUUUUCUAAAAAUAGUAAUCAUGAGUCCAGUUCCCUUCAGUUUACAAUAGGAAACAUCAUCUUGCUUCCUUGCCAACAACUCUGAAUUUGUAAAAUCCUGCUGGUCUUUAGACAAGGACUGACUCUUGAUGACCUGCAGCUGUCAAUGCAGCACUGACCUGAGCUUCUGCACUGAGCACACAUCAAGGGACAAUCCUCAGUUAAGCAACUCCUCACCUGUGAGUCUGGGGCUGUUUUCAGUGUCUUCAGCCUUUACCAGCAUUCCUGGCAUCACUGAAAAUAUUCAGUCUUCCCUUAAAAAUUUCAUAAAUGCUCCUUCAGCUAGGAGAGUAGAAUUGCCAAGAACUUUAUAAUGUUUCUUUUCUUUCUCUCUACAAAUACAUUAAUGCAGCUGCCUAGUGUGACAUCCUCUGUCACACUUUGCGAGUUCAUUUUGGAAGCAAGGUACUGCCCUGCUUUUCCUUAUAGCAACUUUUUUGGUGGCAGGGGAUCCUUUCCCUGCUGAAGUCCCAGCACCUUGUAGAUCUGUGCUUUCACUCACCAUGCUCAAAGCUGAUACUUUCCAGUGAUUAUUAUUGCCCUUUUUUCAGUGCAGUGUUAAUCCUUUCAUUGCACUCCUCACCUUGUGGUCUCCUCUGCCAUUUAACAGUUCUCACUGCCCAUCAAUUAUCCGUCAUUGUCCUUUCAAUUAGAAUUUCAUGAUUUUACUAACAACUUCCAAUUCAUAUGGUCCUAAGCUCCCUUUGGCUGUGAGAACUAAUAAACAAGGAUAGAAGACUUGUCUUCUUCCAUUUUGCUUCAUUCAUUUUAGGAGAAACAUCCAUGAAAAAGACAAAUACCAUGUUUUCUGUUACUAGAUACUAGUUCUUUCCUCCUUGGUCUUUCCUUUUAAAUAUCAUCAUGAGAAGUGAUAUAUUUCAACUCUUUUAGGCAUACUUUGAUGAUAUUGCAACAUGCAGUUUAUGGAAAAAUCGAAUGACAGUUUUUAUGUCAGCAGCACUUUGCUAUUUCCCUACUAAAAAGCAACACUUAAUUUUUGAGUUGCACAUUUGUAGCAGUGGUCGUGGGCAGAGAGUCUGCUUAUUUAUUUGGUAGGGUUUUACUACAAUAUACUGUCAUGGCAACUGCUCUAAGGGCCAGUGCAUCUGGAGGUAAUUUGGACACAUCAUGUUGAAUGCAGCAAAAUUGCCUUGUACCAUUUGAACUUUUUCAACCACUGGACAAGGGCAAAGUUACCUCUUUGAGACUCCAAAGCAGCUUCUCCUUACUAAACCAACAAGUAUGUGGCAGAGCACUAGGAGCAAUACCAAUAAUUUCUUGAUGUUUGGAUGCUGCACAGUUAAAUUAGGUCCGAUACCUUGGGUAUUUUCUCCAGUUCUGCUGAUGCACAGCAAGUUUUCCAUCCUGCUCUCGUGGAGGCAGAACAUUUUAUGCCCUGUCCAGGUGCUGUUUGGGAAGGCUUUGGCCAGACUAGUCUCCCUUGGCUCCAGGAGGCAUUGCCACGUGCUGCCCAGGCAAGUGCCAGGUCCUCUCAUCCUGGUGAUGAUGUGGCCCCCAACUGUUCCACUUUACAUCACUGCAAGCAUGGAGAAACUCCACCAAAAUCCACUGACCAAGCACACAAGUGGCAUUAGAAGGGACUAAAUUGGGCCAGUAAUGAAAUUUCAAGCAUAACAUGCCUGACCUUUGCUACAUGGUCUUGAUGACCCUUCUCCAGCCAAGAUGUGGGCACUGCUUGAUAAGCCAGAAAGCUCCAGUUGCCCCAGCACAGCCUCUUCAACACAGCAACUGGGACUCAACUGAGAACUUGGUCUUGAAGCAUCUCUCUUAGUAAAUAAACCAAAAGAGCUAUGAAACCCUGAAUUACAGCUGGUCAGAAAUGACUGCAAAUCUGAUAGAUUUAUCUAGCCUUAUCUUGGUGCUAGCCAGGGGAGGAAAUCUUAAACCUUUUGAGCUUGUGUGUGACUGCAGCCAUUGCCAUCUCACCGCUGAGGGUUCUCAGCAGCUUCACUGGACAGGGUUGCCUCAGGUAGCGUGGAGUGCCAGGCCCCAAGGUGUGUGGGCACCUGCCCUGCUGACCCAGCCUCACCUCGAGGUACUGCACAGAGCAUGGGCAUCCCCAGUCCAAAUCUCAGGGGGCUGAUACCUGCACACUGCUUGCUUUCAGAUCACACAUUAUCCACUGGGGACAGCUCAAGUGUACAGUAGCUGCAUGGCAGGAACAACUGGUGAAUGAAAUCCUACCUAUGCUCAUAGACAGUAUUUCUUCAGAUGAAUUAGUGCAGUAACAACCUGCAGGAUCUAAUUAUGGUUAAUUUUCCAUUCAUUUGUAUCAGUACUUCUGACCCUUUUACUGCAAUUCUUGAGCACUCACAACAGUGAUCAGAGAUUUUCAAUAAUUUAACUCUAAGGGUCAGCUCUUUAGCUGGUGUAAAUCAAUGCAUUUUCUUUGGCUUUGGAGCAAAGGAGGUGUGUAACUUUUACUGUGGAGAGAGCAGUCGGAAUUCACUGAAGAUGCUACAGCCUGGCAGUGCUUUGCACCUGUUUGUGCUCACCAGCCCUUGGAGAAAGAAUCAGCACAUUGAAUACUUCUGGAUAUUAUUAUAUUUGGAUAUAUUAUUAUUUGGAUAUUUUUUUGGAUAUUACUCAGUCCUCUACAAUUAAAAUCAGCAUGCAUGUACUUUAAAAAAAAUACCAUUAAUGAAAGUACCCAAAUCAGGUCUUCAAGAUCACCUGAAUUGUAAAAUUAGAGACAGAGACUUCUGGCUUGUGACAGCCUCAUUUAGGAAUUGAGGCUAAAAGGUCACACAAAAGGAAUUUUGCCUCAACUGUCAAAAAAUUCAGCUGAGCCUUAAUUUAUUUUUUUCCUAGAAGUUUUGGAUCUUUGGAUCUUUGGUUUGACUGCUAUUUAAGACAGAAAGAAUUUGCACAACCUAAUGAAAAAGGUAAUGGGUGGAGACUUAAUUGGUAACAUUUAUUUAAUAAAGCAGCAUAACUGAACAUCCACAAAACUUUCAAUCAGCUACUGAAACGAGAAACAGUGAGCAGAUGUUCAUUGCCAGGACUGCAGAUUUCAGGAGUGUGCCCCAAAUGCAGGCUAAGCAAAAGCCAUAAUAUUUUCUUUUCUGGAAAACACUGCAUCUUUUCUCAAUACUUGCCUGGCUCCACAGAGAAAGGAUAGACUGGGAAAACAGGAACUUAUGGGGACAUGCCAGCUUUUAUUUGCCAUGGGAGGUUAAAGGUUCCCUAGAGCACAAAGGAGCUUUUCUUGCCCAGACAAUCCCAUCGUGGUGCACAUCAGCACAACUAAAGUUGCAAAGCUCAGCAGCAGUCAAGAGAGAUCUGCUGAACUUGAGCUGAAAUUUUUUCAAACAUUCACUAGUUUUUCUUCACAUGCAUCUCCACAUCAAUAGUUGGCAAUAUGCAUCCACUAAAAAAAUAUAGCAGGAUCUCUGGUUUCUGUUAAAGCAACACACACAAAAUCUCCAAAUAUCCUUCCACAUAAAGCCCAACUUCUUUGUGCUGCACAGAGAUUCAUAAUUAUUAUCUUAUCUAUUGUGAGUUGAUGCAAUUUCUUUUUUCCUCCCACACACCCACACGUCUGUUUCCUUCUGAUCUGCAUUUGUAGCUGAGCUACUGUUUAGCUGAAAGGAAGGAAUUUGGUAAUACCUCCCUGAAAGGAUGCCUGUUCAUCCAGUGACAAAGGAUAGAGAUGUUGGCUAUUGACAAACUAAAAUAAAGGACUUAUUUUCCAAAUAUCCCAAGAGAAAUAACCUCAUCAUUAAGGUAUUUCUUGGGCUUUCCAAGCUAAAAGUAAGAAAUGAAAGAAGUCCAAAGAUCUGAAACUCGCUUGAGCUCAAUCAAUCAAUCUCAUUGGACUAUAGUUCUUACCAUGCAUAAUUAUAAACAACAGAUGGAGAAAUGCUCAGAUAAAGCCAAAAGGGGUGGGUGGGGGAAAGUCACCCUGAUGGUGGAUGUUUUCAAUUUGGAUGUGAACCAGCCUUACACCCCUUGGUCUUUCAGGUUUCAGCAUCAGCUCCUGGCAGCUCGGCAGGGCACAAUGAAGGCAUCACCCCAGGAGCCCACGGAGCCCCUGGGCCAGCUAGGCGCCUGAGGCUGGCAGCAGUGCCACACCAGGCUUCUUCCAUGCUGCAGCUGGCUGGGAAGAAGCUUUUCAUCAGGAGAAGACACCAAAGUGAUGGCCUGAACUUAUGGGAGGAAUGAGUGUCUGGCCAGACGGAGAUUUGGGGGCCCACUGGGAAGUGUGAAGGGCCAGUUUCAGUAAGGGCAUGGCCAAAGCUUUCUUCAGGCUACAGAAGUUUCUCCGCCGGACCCAGUUUCUGCUCUUCUUCCUCACAGCAGCUUACCUGAUGGCUGGCAGCCUCUUGCUACUGCAGCGGACACGCUUGGUUAUCCAGCAAGGUUCACGUGGGACCCCCACUAACCAGGCCAUGCCGGUGCUGGAGGAGAUGAGCAGGGUUGGGAUCAUAGAGCCCAGGACCCUGCAGAGCCCCCGCCCUGGCCUCAGGCUGCUGGUGGGCAUGGAUGCGCUGCAGGAGCCAGCUCUGGACCAGCAGCACAGCCCGCACUGGCUCUUGUCUCGCAACUCAGAGCUCAGGCAGCUGAGGAGAAGAUGGUUUCACAGGCUCACCAGCGAGCAGGAGCCCCUGCAGACAGCAGGAUUUAAAGCAAUGAAGCACACUGCUGAACACAAAGGCACCUACAUGGGCUGCUUCACUCACGAUUCGAGGGAGAGGACGCUGAAGGGAGCUGUUUUUUAUGACUUAAGAAAAAUGACAGUAGCUCACUGUCAGGAAGCUUGUGCUGAAAGGGCUUACAGCUACGCGGGGCUGGCAUUCGGAGCAGAGUGCUACUGUGGGAACACGCUGCCAGCUGCUGCCACCAAGCCCGAGGAGUGCAACAGCGAGUGCAAGGGCGAGAAGGGCUCCGUGUGUGGAGGGGUGAACCGGCUCUCGGUCUACAGCGUGGAGCAGCUGCGGCCAGGAGCCAGGCGGAGGAGGAAUGUUAUCUAUCGAGGAUGUUUUAGAGCUCCAGAAAAUUUAACAGACACCUUUCCCGCCUCUUUGAUACAGCCCAAUUUGACGGUGGAGACGUGCUCUGAAUUUUGCUCCAAGAAAGAGUUCCCACUGGCAGUGAUCCGAGGGCAGGAAUGUUACUGUGGGUACCCCACCAGGCAGUUCUCGCUGCACGAGGGCACGGACAGACUGAGCUGCAGCAGGACCCGCAACGCCAGCAGCGCUGCUGGGGGAGAGUACUGCCUGGUCUAUCAGACACCUGUGCAAGACACCCGCUGCACGGACAGGAAAUUCUUAACCACAAAAUCCAAAGUAUUUGUUGCUUUGUCAAGCUUUCCUGGGGCUGGAAAUACGUGGGCACGCCAUCUGAUAGAGCAUGCCACAGGAUACUACACAGGAAGUUAUUACUUUGAUGGAGCCCUCUACAACAAAGGUUUUAAAGGAGAAAAAGACCACUGGAGAAGUAGAAGGACCAUCUGUGUGAAAACACACGAAAGUGGCAAGACAGAAAUUGAAAUGUUCGACUCAGCGAUCCUGUUGAUAAGGAACCCAUACAAAUCACUGAUGGCAGAGUUCAACAGGAAAUACGCUGGGCAUCUGGGCUAUGCCACCGACCGCAACUGGAAGAGCAAAGAGUGGCCAGAUUUUGUGAACAGCUAUGCCUCCUGGUGGGCCUCCCAUGUCCUAGAGUGGCUGAAGUAUGGGAAGCGUCUGCUCGUUGUCCAUUAUGAGGACCUGAAGCAGAGCCUCAUCCCCAAGCUGAAGGAGAUGGUGGAGUUUCUGAAUGUGACAGUGACAGAGGACCGGCUGCUCUGUGUAGAGAACAACAGGGACGGGAAUUUUAAGCGGUCCGGUGCUAAACAAAAGAAUUUUGAGCCAUUCACCCAGGAAAUGAAAGAUCUUAUCAACAGAUAUAUCCUGACAGUGGAUGAAGCCCUAAGGGGAAGAAACUUCUCAGGGCUGCCCAGGGAGUAUGUGCCAAGAUGAUAUCCUGGUAUCAUGCUUCUGUGGUUAAAAAUAUUUUUUUUCCUUAAAAAAGCAGAAAAACCCAAACAAAAAAUCCACAAACAAACAAGAAGAAAAGUGGAAAAAAAAAUAAAAUAAAGACCUCUUUAGCAGUUAUGUCAAAGAUACUUGUGGAAGCUGCUGAGCAGUGCAGCAGUUAGGAAUGCCUGGGUUUUGUCAACCCCAAACAGCCCCAAACCUGGCUCCAGGGGCAUGGAGGAGACUCCAGAGGGGUGGCAGAGAAGGGAGUGCCACCUUUGCUAGGAGUUCUGCACCAGUUCCUGCAUCUCCAUCUCUUCACCUGGAGAGUCACAGUGGGUCUGGGGGGACACCAGGGCUAAAUGUCACCAUGGUCAGUGCUCUCGGUUCUAGAAAUGGCCACAGCGAGGCCGGGCUGAUGUCAGCGGGGAACACCUGGGGAACAGGACCAAAAAGGGUGAACUCCAGCCCUUCCAGCCCCAGCAGGGGUAGGAUUGCACCUCCUGCCUCCUCCCUGAAUUCCUGGAGGACCUCCGAGGCAGUCCAGCCUGAAAAACCACAGCUACUAAGAACUGCCCUCUGGAGUUCCCUUCAGCAGACAUGCAGGUUUGAUUUUUAACUCCUGCAGUCACCUGAGGUUUGUUUGACCCUGCAGGGUGCAGUGGGGAGAGAACAGGGGCACAUGGGGCUGGCAGGGCAGCUGGCCCCAUGAUCCCAGGCCACUGGGCAGUCUGGAGGUGGUUAAACCCUGGGGCCCAAGAGACUGCCCUGCUGCAAUAUGCUUCUGUUCAUGUGAAAUAAAGGAUUUCUUAAAAAUUUGAGUGAAAAUACUAAUUUUAAUAAAACAAGUUUAUAUAAAGGGAGCUGAA